UCCAGGCAAUUUAUCAAAUCAGACUUAAAAAAAACAAUUGAUAGACAGAGUUUUAUUACUUUCUCAUCAAGUCAUCAGCAUGGCGAGAAAGAAAUCAAGACGCGCUGCAUUACUUAAGAAGCCAAUGGCACCGAAGAAACUGGACACCAUCUUCACUUGCCCUUUCUGCAACAAUCCGAACACAGUUGUAUGCACUUUCGACAAGAAGACAAUGGUCGGCGAGGCUGCAUGCUGUGUCUGCAAGGCAAAUUACAUCACUGAUAUCAACUUUCUGACAGAGCCUAUCGACAUCUACAGCGAGUGGAUCGACGAGUGUGAGCGGGUUAACACACCUACCAAAAAGGUAGUCCUUGUUUAGAUAGCUAGUCUGAUGCGUUUCUUGGUUUAAUAUAUUUCUUUAUUUGUUUUGUUUUGAUGAUUCUUGAAAGGUUUCUUGGAUUGUACGUUUUGAUAACUCUUGAAUUGUGGGUUAGGGUUUUGAUUU